AUGUCAAUUGGCCCCAAUGAAAUGCUACCUCAUUACAAUGAAGACAAUGUAGAGGCUAUUCCUCUCAUCGAUUCCCACACCGAUGAAGUUCUCACGGAAAGGCCGAUAUCUAAGUCAGAGGAACGUGUAGGUCGGAUUCAAUUUCUGGCUCUGUGCUUUUCUCUUUUUAUGGUCGGGUGGAAUGAUGGAUCGAUUGGACCGUUGCUUCCUCGAAUUAUGCAAGUUUACAAUGUUAGCUACGGUCAUUUGUCUUUUAUUUUUGUGGUCAAUUGCGUGGGUGUAGUACUUGGGGCGCUAGCAAACAUGCCAUUAAGUGAUAGGUUUGGCUACGGCAAAAUAAUCGUUCUUGGAUCUUUUUUUCAAUCAAUAACCUUUCUGACACAAUCCAUCGCCCUUUCAUUUCCUAUCUUCGUAUUGUGCUUUUUCAUUUCAGGGAUUGGUAUUGCAAUACAAGAUGCUCAGUGCAAUGGAUACAUUGCGUUGGUCAAGCACGAAGGGGAGCUCAAAAUGGGAUUUCUGCAAGCAGCAUAUGGUCUCGGAGCCCUCAUAGCACCUCUUUCUGCAACACGAUUCUCACAGAUGACCCACUGGACAUUUCAUUACCUUGUCUCGUUUCUUUUUUCAGCUUUAAACAUGAUUUUUCUUUCCGUCAUUUUUCGGUUUAGAGAACAAGAUGAUUGCUUGCGUGAAUCUGGAGAAGUUGUCCCAGAAACUGUGAAAACAGAUAACGGCAGUACCAAAUACGCUCAGAUGCUACGGCUUAGGGCGGUUCAUCUUCUGGCAUUGUACCUCAUUUUGUAUAUUGGAGUCGAGGUUACUAUCGGUGGAUGGAUUGUAACGUAUAUGAUUGAUGUUCGUGGAGGCACACCUUCUUCUGGUUAUGUUGCCACAGGCUUCUUUGGAGGUCUUACAAUAGGGCGAAUUGCAUUGAUAGGGGUCAAUCAUAAGCUUGGCGAGGUUCGCGCAAUAUACAUUUACACGACGGUGGUCAUCGUAUUUCAACUUGUUGUCUGGCUCAUUCCUUCUAUAAUCACGGACUCCAUAGCUGUCUGCCUGAUUGGGGUAUUCCUCGGCCCCCUGUAUCCCAUUGUGAUGAGGCAUGCAGCAUACAUCAUUCCCAGAGCGCUGGUUACUGGAUCAAUAGGAUGGAUAGCCGCCUGCGGGGCAGCUGGAAGUGCGCUUCUUCCUUUCCUAACUGGAAAGCUUGCAGAAAAUUUUGGAAUUGCCAGUAUAGAGCCAUUUUUGUUAGUCAUGAUGAUCCUCAUGGGUAUGGUUUGGUCGGUUGUACCUACCCGCCCAGGUGGAGAUGCCGAGAAAAAAUUCAUGAUGACCGCUGCUGCCAGCACUAGAGCUCCCAAAGCGGAGGGUUCUAUAGCAGAUAUCUUCACCUCGCUCACAGGAGAGGAGCACAACGCGCUUCCCCAACGAUUCUCUCAGUUGAAAAAAGAGUUAUGGAAAGAUAGUUUGAUUGAAAGCUGGAAAGGGGUGCUCGGAUCUCUUCCCCAACACAUUAAGGAGAUUGAAGAGAAGGGCUCCGAGAUUAUUCCCAAGAUAAAUUACGCUGAUCUGGAACGUGGUCUGUCCAAAGAGCAAAUUGACAACAUUAAAAAAGUCGGUGUUGUAAUUGUGAAAGGGGGAGUCCCAUCCGAUCAGGCUCUUCGUUGGAAGCAAAAUAUCAAAGACUAUGCUGCAACGAAUGGCGAUCGAGUAACUGGUUUCCCUUCCGACAACAUUCAAGUCUUUGAGAUAUAUAACUCCGUGGCUCAAACACAGGCACGUACUCAUCCUGCACUCAUUAAGACACAGAAAUUCCUUCUGUCGCUUUGGCAUACAUCCGAUCCACAAACCGAAGUUAGCUUAAACACACCCAUAUCAUAUUUUGACCGCUUACGCAUUCGGCAACCUGGUGACGCUAAAUUCACACUGGGUCCGCAUAUUGAUGGUGGAUCUGUAGAGCGCUGGGAGGAUUUAGGUCUGAGGAAAGUCUUUGGGAAGAUACUUGAGGGCGGGGAAGCGUGGAAAGCACACGACCCAUUUGAUGUAACACCGAGGAUAGGAGCUAAACAGGACAUGUAUCAUGCUCCAAACGCGUGUUCAAUCUUCCGUGCAUGGCAAGGGUGGACUUCGCUCUCUAGCACGGGGCCCGGCGAAGGGACGCUGCGUGUUCUCCCAAUGCUCUCACUGGCAUCGGCAUAUACUAUUUUACGCCCUUUUUUCCGGCCUUUGAACCCAAGCUCGCCCUCUCUACAUUUUGAUGAUUGGGUCCCUGAUUUGGAGAACCCGACAUUCCCGGGGAGUAGUAUUGGAAAGACACAGGAGUUGAACGAGAAAACACAUCCGCACUUGCAGCUCGGGAAGACGAUGGUUUCAAUUCCAAGAGUCGAGCCUGGGGAUCAGGUAUACUGGCACUGCGACGUGGUCCAUGCUGUUGAGGGCCAGCACGGAGGGCUAGGAGACUCGUCUGUAUUUUACAUCCCCGCUGUCCCUCUAACUGUACAUAACGCGAGUUAUCUUCGCGAUCAAAGGUUGAAUUUCCUAGCUGGCCUACCUCCUCCGGACUUUCCGGGGGGACAAGGGGAGUCCCAAUUUGUUGGAAGAGCUUCCGCUGCAGAUAUUCCCUCCAAUGACGAAGCGAGGCGCCUGUAUGGGAUGCAGGCAGUUGUUCCUAAAGAGGGUUUGAGCAAGGAUCUUGCUGAGAAAGUUAACAUGUUUUUCUCAUAA